UAUUGCCGUACCCUGAGUACGAGUUGCUGCAUGAUGCGGUGGAUCGGACCACAUGUGCCGUUUGGUUUGUAAACAAGGCACAGCAGGCAUCAAGGACAAAAGUGUACGUGGCAGUGUGAAGUCUGGACUGUAUGAAACACGGACUCCUUGUUGGUAUUGCGCAUGCCAUUAGUGAAGAUACUCGGGACAUACAGUGACGAAUCCAUAUAAGAGACCAGAUAUCAUUGGAGUCUCAAUUUCAUAUGACACCGUGACUUGUCAACACGGUCGAUCGUGAAGAAAAUCAAUACUACCAAUACGCAAUAUAUUACGGUGUGAACUGCACUAAUACUUCACAGCUAGAGCUGCUAGCUCUAUGGUUACACGUACCAUCCAUAACGGUCACUAACGGAUGAAUAACAAUGGGGGACGCUUCCUUGCCAGCUGAGAUUCAAAAACUCAUAGAAAAGUGCCAUGAAGCCAAGAAGAACGCCCACUGCCCUUACAGCAAGUUCAGAGUAGGGGCUUCGUUGCUGACAAAGGAUGGCAAAAUGUACAGUGGUUGCAAUGUAGAGAAUGCUUCCUACACACUCGGCCUGUGCGCCGAGAGGUGCGCCAUCUUCAAAGCUGUCUCGGAGGGACAUAAAGAGUUCAAGGCUAUGGCAGUGGGCUGUGACGUGAAAGAUGACUUUCUGGCACCGUGUGGCGCCUGCAGACAAGUCAUGUACGAGUUCGGUGGGAAAGAUUUGGAGGUGUACCUGACUAAGCCGGAUCUGACCUGGCAGCGGACUCCCAUGCGUGAGCUCUUGCCGUCUGGGUUUGACGGGUCGGCCCUGACACUAAGCAAGGUUGCGACGGAAUGAUGCAAUCUGUCUUUUCAUGUUGGGAAUUAAAACCAAAUAUCGACAGAUCUUCCCAUUAGAUUAGAAAAUCUAGUUUGAUCUCCCUCUGCGCUGAAGACAUUUUGGUCUUGGUAUGUCGCGUGCACGGCAUAUCGUAUUGUGUUCACAAAUCGGGUGCCUAAUUUUGUUUAUGCAUUGACUUCCCUUUCAGCCGCUUCAACUGAUCCAGUUAUCUUGAUAAUCAGUCUAUCUAAUUUGAAACGUCAUUUGCGGUGGUCAUGUAUUGUAAUUUCAUUUAAAUGGUGGGUUGGAGCUGCUUAUUCUUCCCCAGACUGAAAUGUAUCGUCUUGGCUGGAAUUCUAGAUUAAAAAAACAUAUAAACAAUUGUUAGUUUUGUCCUAAAGAUUUAAUUUUGUAAUCCAAAUAUGUAUUUUAAUUUUAAAACGCGUGAGCAAUCUUAAUGCUAGGUAUAAGUAAAUAAAUGUGCGUUUUUUAAAGUAUAUGUUCAUGAUGGGGUAUACCCUUGAUUAACACGCGAUUUCUUUCUA